AUGGGGACUCUCUACAAGGGAUGCAGCAGGGCAGAGCAUUGCCAAGGUGAGACUGGAAGCACGGGCUCUGCUGUGGACUACAGGUACAGAAGGAAUAAAAGAAAAAGGCAACUUCCUGAUCAUUUUCUUUCUCCACAGAAUGAAGUGGAGCUGGGAGAGCUGCUUCUGUCACUGAAUUAUCUCCCAAGUGCUGGCAGACUGAAUGUUGAUGUCAUUCGAGCCAAGCAACUUCUUCAAACAGAUGUGAGCCAAGGUUCAGACCCCUUUGUGAAAAUCCAGCUGGUGCAUGGACUCAAGCUUGUGAAAACCAAGAAGACAUCCUUCUUAAGAGGCACAAUUGAUCCUUUCUACAAUGAAUCCUUCAGCUUCAAAGUUCCCCAAGAAGAACUGGAAAAUGCCAGCCUAGUGUUUACAGUUUUCGGCCACAACAUGAAGAGCAGCAACGACUUCAUUGGAAGGAUCGUCAUCGGCCAGUACUCUUCAGGCCCCUCUGAAUCUAACCACUGGCGGCGUAUGCUCAACACGCAUCGUACCGCUGUGGAGCAGUGGCACAGCUUGAGGUCCCGAGCUGAGUGUGACCGCGUGUCCCCAGCAUCCCUGGAGGUGACCUGAGGGCUACAGGGAAGACAGCUGUAAAAAAAAAAAAAAAAGACAGAAAAAAUGUCACAUACUAUUACAUCCACACCCGCAUACACACUCACAACAUGUCUACACACACACACACACACCACCCUACCCCACCCUAAAUCCUCUCAGAACUGAGAGGAAGCUGACUACUGAUCACAAAAUGGCCGCCCUCAAUGAGUGAGGUCUGAGAACUUUCUAGAAGCCCCAUCUCUAGAUCACAAGCUGAGUGGGCUCUGCCAUGGGACUUAUUGGCAGUGUCUGCUCUUGUUGAUACCCCUGCCCCAAAUGCACUUUCAACUUUCAGGCCAGAGAAAGGACCUCCAAAGGGUGCCAACCUCCAUCAAGACUAAAUUUACCAAGAGUUUGGCUAGUGUGUGGGAGACCUGACCACCCACUCCCAAAACACACACACCCACUAGGUAACUUCUGAACAGGCUUCUGUUCCCUGGGGUUCUUCAAACCUGAUACCUUUCUCCAAAGGUGUAAGUAUCUGUCUUCUCCUUAGUAAAUGUAAUAACUAGAGUGUAGACUAUUUGGAGAAACCAAAUGGCCAUAAAACAUAUGUCAGUUUAAGAAGCCUCUUCUGGCUUAACUGAAUUGUCAUUGUGUUCGCUUAUUCCAGGGGACUCCCUGUGGGUAUGUAUAUGUAUGUUCUUGUGUGCGUGCCCCCACAGGUGAACACAUGUGUGCCUACAUGUCCUCCUGGAGAGCAAAGGUGAUGGGCUGGGACCUCAACCCUGAGCACUCCCUUCUCUUUGUCUCCCCAGUCAAGUGAGAUUUUACCCAGUGUCCUUCUGUCUGUCAAAGACCCACCUUGGGCAACAGUAAUUGUGUGUGUGUGUGUGUGUGUGUGUGUGUGUGUGUGUGUGUGUGUGUGUUCAAGUAAAUAGGAUAUGAUAGAGCAAAAUAACAUGUUUUGACCAAAUCAUGGUGACUGUGACUCACAAAAGACCAACAACGGACCUGACACAUGGAUUAAAAUGGCCACCACAGCCACCAUACCCCAUCCACAGUGAUUUCCUUCCUUAAUCAUACUCUGAGGAUCUUUCUCUGUUUGUGUGUGAACCAAAGUCCUGUCUCACGUGCUAAGGGAUUAGUGUAGUUAGGAUAGAUCUUUCCCUCUCUCUUUCUCUGUUGGAUGCUUCUGUAUCUUUUUCCACAGCAUAUUGUCUGGUGUGAUAGGGAGCUAUUUAUUGAAAUUAAAGAUUAUUUAUUUGUGCCAUGCA